AUGUCAACAGCGGACAAGAUCGCUACCAACACGCAAAAUUUCAAUGAAAUGCUGAGAAGGACUAGCAGUAGGUUGAGAGGGGGUUCAGUCCCUCCACCAGAUUCUGAUAUCGUCGUUCCAACUGCAACACUUGAAAGUCGUCGUGGUCGUAGCAGAGGACGCGGCCGUGGAAAUUCAACAGUCUCCAAUAGGACUAAUGCUGAAACGCCCACCACACCAGUCGUUACUUUGACGGUACCCGGUGAGGAAGGAAAUACGUCGACCAACUCAACAGCUGUCAUUGCUCCAACCAAUAAGUCGCCAAACAAUCAAGACGUACCAUUGACACCAGGAACUUCGGUGUUACACUCAGGUGGUUUACUGUCAAGAGAUAAUAUAGAUAAUGUGCCAAAUUUACGUUCCCCAACACGUAGAAACACGGUCGCAGAAAUGGGCAAUAGUCCCCCUCGCGGUUUCCAUUCCUGGUUGAAAGCUAAAGGCCUUACUGUUUUCAACAACCCAUCUACUUCAAACCAUGCUCUCAAUGGCAUGUCUACUGCUCUAGCUAGUUCAAUUGUCACGCCAUCAUGGGUCGCUGCGCCAGCCCAAGUGAAGGAGAAAUCGAUCCCGAAGAAAGUGCCACAACAAGUCGAUUUGACCAAGGACAAUGAUGAACCUAAAGCUGCAGAAAAGAAAAAAGUGGAAGUAAGCGAGACUGGAAUAGAAGUCGAUGGUUUGGUAGCCUUAUCACCCUGGUUCAAUGCUAAGAUGAAACCAUUCAAGGGUUACAUUCCCCUAUCAAUUUUCAAUCCUCAGUGGUUACGAUUAGACCUAGUGCGCCAGUCUCAAAGAGUGAAGAAAAAGAAAGACAGUGAAGACGAUCGUUAUACCUGUCUAGAUGUUCCUGAUGAAUGGAGAAUGAACUUUGGAGAAUGGAUAUCGGCGUUCGACCUUUUUGUUUCUUAUAUACGUCACUACGGACACGGAGAUGUUGCUGAUAAGUUCGUUAUUCACCGAGAGAAUGUAAUGGCGAUUAAAAGAGAGUGGGCAUCCUGGAUCAUGGCCUUUAGAUAUGAUCAAGCCAUUCGGUCGACAGUUAUGACCUUUAAGAAUGCGGAUGGCAAGUUAGCAAACCCCGCUGUUCGUGAUGAAAAUCGAGAAAGAGAAGCUCAAACCGAAUGUGAACGCCUCGGUGAUUUUCAACCCCGGUUUCAAGACAUUAACCCGUACGCUGAAGGCCAACCAAAAGCCAACAUUCACCCUAUCACCGGUGAAUAUCAGCUGUUCAAUCAUCAGAAACAAUACCAGGUCGCGAAUUCCCCUAGUCACACUCCUCAUUAUGGCAAGCCCAAUGCCCGGUCCUGGCAGCAUGCAAACCAUUAUCCACCUCAACCUUUCUAUGAAGGACCUAGCAACCCAGGCUACCAACAAUACAACGAUAGAAGAGGUGAUGGGAGAAACGUGAGGGGUCGUGGUCGCGGAGGGGGCUGGAACGGAGGUAGCGGCGGUCGUGAUAGUGAAAGAUACGGCAGUGGUCGAGAGAACGAUCGUUUUGCCAACCGAAGGGGAGAAGGUGGUGGUUCUUGGCGUCAGGAUGACAGACGCGACGACCGUAGAGGAGAGGCAAACAGCCCUAAGUACGGCGGAAACAACGGGAAGGCAAAGUAA